GGAAAAUACAUUCUAUUUGGCAGACUAAUUGAAUUGAUAUAGAAGGAAAGGCAAGAAGGAAGAGCAAGAAAAUGACGCUCACGGUAUUUGCAGAUCGUAUGUCACAACCUAGCCGCGCAAUUAUCAUUUUCUGCAAAGUAAAUGGCAUAGAUUUUGAGGAGGUUAGAAUCGACCUCUCCAAACGCCAGCAUUUAUCUCCUCAAUUUCAAGAAAUAAACCCCAUGAAAAAAGUCCCUGCUAUAGUGGAUGGAAGAUUCAAGCUUUUUGAGAGUCAUGCGAUUCUGAUAUAUUUGGCUUGUUCGUUUCCUGGAAUCGCUGAUCAUUGGUACCCUGCCGACCUGUUCUUAAGAGCGAAAAUUCACUCUGUGCUGGAUUGGCAUCACUCGAAUUUGCGUAGUGGUGCAGCUGGAUAUGUACUCAAUUCGACACUUGGACCUGCACUCGGGUUGCCUCUGAAUCCUGAAGCAGCAGCUAAAAGCGAGAAACUCCUUUCAGCAUCUCUUGGAAAGAUCGAAUCUUUCUGGCUUAAAGGAAGAGGGCGUUUCUUACUUGGAAGCACCCAACCUUCUAUUGCAGAUCUCAGUUUAGUAUGCGAGAUCAUGCAGCUUGAGCUUGUGGAUGAAAAAGAUCGAGAACGAAUCUUGGGUCCCCACAAAAGAGUCAUGAAGUGGGUUGCUGAUACGAAGAAUGCAACGAGUCCUCAUUUUGACCAAGUUCAUUCAGUCCUCCUCAAAGUUAAAGAGAAGCUGCAAUCUAAGAAAGCAAUAGGCGAGACGAGCCAAAAUGUGCUGCCCUCUAAGUUGUAAAACCACCAUGAAGAAGUGGACUCGAAGAUGAGAGGUGUGCUGCGUCCGGGAAGCCAUGUGACACCACUCAAGUUGAAAAAGAAGAGAAAUUACCCAUAUAAGGAAGAGGAUGUUUUCUAUUGUAAUUGACUCCAGAGUUGUUUUGGUUAUAUCAGGAAUUUCCCAAUGUGUGACAUGAGAUCCUUGCUGUGUUGGUAUAUAUAUGACUUCCCUUUGUAAAAGAAAUACUACUUGUAUGUAAGUUUUUAGCCAACUGAA